AUGGUCCCGUGGAGCUGUUUCCAGCUUAUGACCAACCACGUCGCGUGCGGCCAAAUCCAGCCAGAACCACCAGCUGCUCCACCGACAAUCAAGCUCAUUGAUUCGAACGGGUCUGUCAAGAUCUACACCCGACCCAUUCACGCGUCGGAGCUCAUGACCCAGUUCCCUAAACACCUUAUUUGCCGCUCUGACUCGUUCUACAUAGGUCGAAAAAUACCUGCUCUCGCCGAGUCUGACCUGCUCCAAUUCGGUCAUAACUACUUUCUUCUCCCCACAAAAUUUUUCCAGUCCGUAUUGUCGUUCGUCAACAUUGCCGCCUUCGCUUCGGCCAAGACGACGCCGCAUCAGCCGUUUCAGAAUGCGUUGAUGAAAAAGGCCGCAACUUGUACACCUUUCGAUAUACAGAAAUCGCCUUCCGGGUGUUUGAGAAUACGCGUGACUGACGAGUUUAUAUCGCAAUUGAUGGAGGAAGGGGACGCGGCGGAGAAUGGCGAGGCGGGUUGUGAAGAAGAGACGACGAAGAGUAGCGUGUGUAAUACUGCUCAGUUGAAAAAGGAGUAUAAGCAGCUUGUUCGGUCUCGGCAAUGGAAACCGAAGCUUGACACGAUCAUAGAGACCCAGGAGAAGAGAAAGUUGUCGUCUUUUGGGAUGAAGAGAAGGAAGAAAUCACAAGCCAUAGUUAGUCAGAAGAUCGAGCAGAGACCAGAACAUAAGAACAUGAACAUCCAUCACGUAACAUCCAGUAGUAAAGCCUCUUUGAAGGGCAAAAUGAAGAUAAUUAGAUCAAAGAAGUGA